CUCUACCCUAACCCUCCUGUCUGAUGCCCUCUCUCUCUCUCUCUCUCUCUCUGUCUCUCUCUCUCUCUCUCCAGUGGGUGGUCCGGUGAGCUGUUUCUGGGCGGGGUCCUCUGUUUCAGCCCUCCUACCCUCCUCGUUCCCUCUUGAAACAUGCUUUAAUAGAGAAAGUAUGCAAUGCAUACUGCUACAGCUACAACCCCCCAAUUAUACUGCAACUGGGGUAUUCGUGACUGGACGUCUGGGGGGAUCACACACAUUUCCGAUUAGAGGAGGAGAGAGAGAGAGAGAGAGCGAGCGAGAGCGAGAGAGAGAGAGUUUACCCUUUCAAUCCAACCAAUGAGACGGUCGAUACUCACAUUUUCAUAGUUGUGCAGGAGCACAAAGUGAGCUGACUGUGUGUGAACUUCCAGGUAAAACUUACAACUCAAGCUCCUGAUCCUCAGGUCUUCUCCCCUUUAAGCCGUCGAGGCCGCUCCUCCAGGCUUUGAUGCCCACACUCUCUGAAGCAGGUGGACAGACGCAGGCAUGAGUAGCAGUGGGACCAAAGAGCCGUCUCCCGAGCCGAGCACUGCCUCGUCACCUCCUGAGCCUCAGCGCCGGGGCAGGGGUCGGCCACGGAAACAGCAGCAGGAGCCUGUUGGACCACCGACUCCAAAGCGACCAAGAGGACGACCGAAAGGAAGCAAGAACAAAGGCCCCAAAACUGCACUGAAGAAAGUAGAGCCCGUUGGGGAGAGACGACCACGUGGGCGACCGAGGAAAUGGCCCCAGAAAGUAGUUCAAGUAGCUGAGGAGAAGCAGGACUCUUCAGACGAGGCUGAGGAGGGUCCGUCGCAGAUCGAGCCCUCCACAUCUCAGGUUCCAGCGGAGGAGGAAGGGGAGUAGAUAGGACCCCUCUCGACCUACCUCAAGGUUUGGCCUCAAACAAACAGGGGUGCUGUCUCACUCCUAUCUGUGAUGGGGAUUCAGGAUCACACACACACAUGCACACAAACACACAAAAAUCAUCGCAAACAGUGGUUUCUUCUCUUGAUCUGAUACUGUACCCUGGUUUUAUUGGUUCACUGUAAGAGUUUGGUGAACAAACUCUGUUGUAACAUCGAAGAAUUCGAUCUUUAGACAUGACUUUUUUUUUUAAGGGGAUAGUUUUACAUUUUGGGAAAUACGCUUAUUCACUUUACAGCCGAAGAUUGAUACCACUCAUGUCUGUACGGUAAAUAUUAAGCUACUGUCAGCAGCUGGUUAGCUUAGCUUAGCACAAAGAAUAGAAACAGGUGGAAACAGCUAGCCUGGCUCUGUCCAGAGGUAACACCUACCAGCACCUCUAAAUCUUAAUAAUUAACAGGUUAUAUCUUAAUUGUUUGAUCUGUACAGCCAGAUGGGAAAUAUUAAACUAUUGUACCAGAGGCUUCAAAUUAUCAUAUUUUAAGGAAAAUUAUCAUAUGCGAGUCAUAGCCACGAGAUCAAAUAGGUGUAAAUAUUCAGCAAGCUGACGGGGAAGGGGGUAUAUUUCCACAAGUCCGUCAGUUUGACAAUUUUUGUAAUAGCCUACUAUUACAAAAUUAAAUUACAAAACAGCACGACUGGAAGCCUGGUCACAUUCUGUAUGAAAACAGUGAAGGCCAUAACCUAAUUAAAGAGGACCUAUUAAGCUUUUUCCAUUUCCUUUAGUGUGUUAUAUUGUUUCUUUGUGCAUAUAGAAGGUCUGCAAAGUUAUAAAACCCAAAGUCCACGCCAAUGGGAGCUACUUUCCCCCACAGAAACGCUGCUCCUGAACUGCCUGAAACACCUUGAUUGAAGUCCCACCUUUUCUUCCGUAACGUUGUGAUGUCACCAAGUAUACAUUUGCAUAAUGCCUGCUAAUAAUAAUACCAUAAUACCUGCCUAGCGGCUAGUUUGGCACGUCCUCAAACAAAGCUAGUUAUAGCGGAGCUCGAGGGAGUCCAAAGAGUUUUGUUCAAUUUACCAUCUCAACAGUGGACCAGCUGACCAAUCAGAGCUGAACGGGAGGGGUGAGUGGCAGAGGCUCGUUUCAGACAGAGGGUGAAAAGAGGUGCUGCAUCACAGCCAGUAUGAGAAAUGUAAAGCGUUUUUUGAACAUUGAAGAAUGUAAACAUGUUCUAGUGUAAACCUAAGAUGCAAGUAUGAACCUGAAAACAAGCAUAACAGGUCCUCUUUAAAGAAAUAACUGGGCUUCUGGUGCAUUCAAAGCUGUCUCUCGUGCAAACCCUCUCUUAAAUGUGCGUUGAGCAGCUGCGAUCGUGAGUCACGUUCAUCAACAUCACGGCCUACACCAAGCAUGACUGGCUGGAAAGAGGUCACAUGAGAAGAGAUGCAUAAACGUAGAUGUAGGAUUCAUCCGGAAAUUAAUUGAAAUGAGACAGCGCAGACUAAAAACAACUACGAAGUGUCACAAAAUGGCCAAAUUAUCGUACAUGAUGGCAAUUUUGGGUAUUAUUGAUCAUACAGAGGUCAAAAUUAUCGUACAAAUACGAUAAUUAUUGUACAUCUUGCAACACUGGAUCUGUACACACAAAAAAAACAACAUUUAAACAUUUUUUUUUGUUUAGUGUUUACGAAGGUCAUGUGCCUUUUGAGUUUCUGACUGUUUCCAGUCUUUGUGCUAAGCUAAGCGUCCUUUGCUGUUACAAUCUUCUCAUCUGACUUGAAGAAUCCCAAGAAGCGUAUUUCCUAAAAUGUUCAACUAUUGUUAUAAGGAUGCCUGCUUUCCUGAACCUCUCGGUGUGUGUGUGUGUCUGUGUGAGUGUGUGUGGUGGUUGUGUGGAGAGGGGAUGGGCUUGCGGGUUAAAAUGAGAAGGAGGGGGGGGGGUUACAGAAAACAGGAACCAACCUGAACCGUUUUAUUGAAACAUGUUUCUAAAUCAAGUGUCAUGAAUCCUCAUAUGAAAUGGUAGCAAGACGGGGACAUUUUUAGUGACGUUACAAUAUAAACAUGGUGCGCUGAAGUCAUUAUUAUGAAAGCUGACAUGAAAGGUUUUAUUCCAAAAUGAAAUAUCCAAUUUCUGAACAGAGAAAUGUCUG